UCAUCCGGAUAGGACGGAUGGGAUAGGUUUUCUCUUUUUUUACGAGUUUUUAUAUAACAUAUUAUUCAAGCAUGUUAUCAAAAUAUUUACCUCUUACAGUUUUUGCCAACGGAGCUUUAUCCGCUUUCAGUUUAAUUUUAGGAUUCAUAGUAUUAGACGUUCUAGAGUCAGUGGAAUUGCCCAGCUGUAAAGAGUCAGAUUACCACUUCGAGUACACGGACUGUGAUGUGCUGGGGUCACGAUGGAGAGUGGCAAUACCCAACAAGCCUGAUACAUGCACUGGCCUACCAGACCCAGUUAAAGGAACUCACUGCACAUUUACCUGUAAGGAAGGCGAGUACCUAGACAUGAAGUCUCAGGAGUGUCAAAAGUGCACAGCAGGAACCUACUCUCUGGGCACAGGCGUGGCUUUUGACGAUUGGGACACUCUGCCUACUGGGUUCCUCAGCCACGGUGCCAGUAUGGAUGCAGGUGACCUCUCCACAGACUGCACCAAUUCAACUUGGUCCCCUAAGGGGGACUACAUAGCCUCUAACACAGAUGAGUGCAUUUCCACACUGUCAUAUGCUGUGAGUUUAAAGCAGCCUGGCUCAGUCUCCUUCCAGUACUUCUACCCUGAUAGCAACAUCUUGUUUGAAUUCUAUGUUCAGAAUGACCAGUGUCAGUCUACUGACUCCCAAAGUCGAUGGAUGAAGAGUUCAGAGAAUGACUGGGAUGCUCACUAUGUGCAGCUGAAUCGAGGGAACAAUGUUGUAUACUGGAGAACCACUGGAUUCUCUCUGUCCAGUAAUGCUGUGAAGCCAGUGCUGUUAAAGAACAUUGCUAUCUCUGGGGUUGCGUACACGUCUGAGUGUUUCCACUGUAAGCCUGGCACAUACAGUGCUGAAGCUGGCGCUGCCCGCUGCCUUCCCUGCCCAGUGGACACCUACUCCAACAAGGGAGCCACUGCCUGCCAGCAGUGUUUGAAAGAUAAAUAUUCUGGGAUCGGAUCGGGAAUGUGUAAACAGAGGCCUCCAUGCACAGCUAGUGACUACUUCUAUACUCAUACCCCCUGUGACUCCAGAGGACAGACGCAGCUGAUGUAUAAAUGGAUUGAGCCAAAGAUCUGCAGUGAGAGUGCAGUGGGAGCAGUGACUCUCCCCAUCUCGGGGGAGAUGCAAGCCUGCCCCCCCUGCAACCCCGGGUUCUUCUCCAGCAACUCCUCAGCCUGCCUCCCCUGUCCCCAGGGUUUCUAUUCUAAUGGGAUAGCAUGCUCAGAGUGUCCUGUCGGAAUGGAGCCAGUUGUAGGUUUUGAGUAUAAGUGGUGGAACAGGAUGCCUAGCAACAUGAGGAGUUCCGUCUACAGCCGAGAGUACAGUGACACACAGAGGAGCACAGGAUGGGAGGUAGCAGGGGAGUACAUUUAUACCACACCAGGAGAUAUGGACUCGGACUACAUGAUGCUAACACUGACUGUACCUGGUUAUAGCUUGCCAUACUCUCGGGUUAAAGAUAAUGAGAGAGCAGAACUCUCUAAAAUCACAUUUGUCUUUGAGACCAAGUGCUCAGCUGACUGCCGACUGUACUUCAUGACAGGCUUGAAUGAGCGGAACAAUGGUGUGGUGGAGAGUUGGAAGGGCACUGUAGGGAAGCAGUCCUACUCCUACCUUAUCAAAAGCAAUCGCACCGUCAGCUUUACCUGGGCCUUUCAGCGCACUGAGGCCUACACCACUGAGAGACAGUUCAGCUCUGAUUUUGCUAAGAUCUACUCCAUUCACAUAACUAAUGUGAAAGGUGGGGUGGCCUCUCAGUGUCGACAGUGCGCACUAGGCUCCUCCAACACAGCUUCAGCCUGUGUGCCCUGCCCUCCUGGACACUACAUGUUGAAUGGCACGGGCGUGUGCAAGAGCUGCCCACCAAACACUUUUGUCAGGCCUGAGCAACCUCUGGGAGAGGAGGCCUGUGUGCAGUGUGGACCCAAUACUAACAGCAACAAAGCACGCACCUCCUGCGUCAAUGACUGCACCCUGGCUGUGCUGUACAAAGGGGAGAGUCUGAGGUAUGACUUCUCUCCUCUGGCCAAUGUCACGCACUUCCAGAGCAGCCCACGCUUCACCAGUAAAGGCCUUCGUUAUGUCCAUCAGUUCAGUGUGGGCUUGUGUGGGACAGAGGGCCGUGCUUUGGCCUCCUGUGUUGACAAUGUGACAGACAGCAGGAAGCAGGUGAAUGGUUAUGUCUGUCAGUCAACCAUAGUGCCCUCAGAGAUCCGAGGUCAAAGUGUGGUGUCCUCGCAACCUUUUAGUAUUGGAAGCACGUUAAUUGGGGUAUCAACAGACUCCACAUUGGAUCAUAUCUCAUCUUCUGAGAAUUACUUCCCUGCUGAACUGAAGCUGCCUGAGGUCAUAUUCUACUACCAAGCACCGGAGACAACACAGGUGUGCAAGUAUGGAAGGUCAACGUCCAUCAGACUCAGAUGUGAUCCCACAGUAAUGGCACUGGAUCAGAUUUCCUUGCCAAGUAACUGUUCAGAGGGAACCUGUGAUGGCUGCUCCUUUCACUUCUUGUGGCGCUCUCAGUAUGCCUGCCCCCUGUGUUCUGAGAGGAACUACCAAAAGAUAGUGACUUACUGUAACAAUGGAAUUCAGAGGACUACUUAUGUAUGGCAACAGCCACUGCAGUGUACGGGUGGAGUGACUCUGCCAGCUCCUCAGGUCAGCGCUUGUGUCACUAUGGACUUCUGGCUGAAAUUUGGUGUUUCUGUUGGAACAGUGGCAGCACUUCUCCUCGUCACUAUUAGCUGCUACUUCUGGAAAAGGACACGCAAGCUACAAUAUAAGUAUUCAAAGCUGAUGAUGAAUGUGGGAGACAAAGAUUGUGAUCUCCCAGCUGCUGACAGUUGUGCCAUUAUGGAGGGAGAAGAUGCAGAAGACGAUCUCAUCUACCUUACCAAGAAAUCCUUCUUUACCAAAAUCAAGUCCUUCUCUAGAGAGCGUACAUCUGAUGGCUUUGAUUCUGUUCCUUUGAAGACAUCCUCCGGUCAGGAAAUGGAGAUGAACUAGAUCUUCAAGUCCUCAAGUGCCAAGAGAAGCUGCUCUGUCAAAUGCAGAGACUUGGAAAAUCAUGACAUGAUCAUGAUGGCAUCAGGGUGCAUGGGUUGUGGGGAAGAACCUUUCCCUAGGCUAGGCUAGGCACUCUAGAUUUCACAAGAAGUUUUCUGGCAGUGCUGUCUUGGUCGCUCUUCUUCAAAUACAGUGUGCAGCUUUUAUAUGAGAAAAGUAGAAACAGGUUCCCAAAUUUACAACUAAGAAUCUGUUAUUAAUGCUGACAUGUAUUACCCAUGGGUCCAAAGAGUUUGUUUGACAUGUUACUUGGAUGUGUCUGUAUAAUUAAAGACUUAAAGAAUAUGGUGAAAUAAGUUGAUUUUAGACAAAAACUUUGCUUCAGUUACCCAUUUGUUUGACAUGAAAUCUAUUACUUAUGUAGUAAUAGAUUACUACAUAAGUAAUUGGGUAAGACAGAUACGGUGACGUUCCCCAAAAGAUUACUGGUCAUAUUUGUUUGUUUCCAAAAAUUUGUUUUGUUUUGUCAAAUAUUUUUGAAGUAAUUUUGUGUAGUGUAUGUGACCACCUUCCUUUGAAUGGCCAUGUUUUCAUUUGAAUGUUCUCACAAACAAAUAAACUUUAAUGACCUUA